GAAUAGUAGAAUUUCAAAAAAUAGUGGGUAGCUUAAUUGAACUUGUUGAUCAACUGGCAAAAGCUGCUGAAAGUGAGAAGAUGAAGGCCAUUGGUGCACGAAAUUUGCUGAAGUCUAUAGCAAAGCAAAGAGAAGCUCAGGAACAGCAACUUCAGGCUUUAAUAGCUGAGAAAAAGAUGCAGCUGGAAAGAUACCGAAUAGAGUACGAGACCCUCUGUAAAAUUGAAGCAGACCAGAACGAAUUCAUUGAUCAAUUCAUUUUUCAGAAAUAGAGGAUUUUAAGAUAAAACCAAACUUGACCAUUCCAGAAUCUUGAGAACUUCAAAAAUAUGCAAUUUUUCACUGUGUAUGAAUGAAGAGAUGGUUUGUGCAAAUGGAAGUGUCUUUUAAUUCAGUGUGAAUUGCACUAAAAGUGGCAAUAAGGAGGGCUUUCUAAGAGGUGUAAAGACUGUUCUGUCCUUUUGAUUUUAUAAGUUUUGUACAGUCAGUAGUUCUAAUUCAAAUUAUAGUUGAAUUAAUACUACUGUUGCUAUGUUAUGUCUCUCACUUUUUGAAGUGUACAGCUCUUUCAAAGAAAUCAAGAAAUAAAUUAUUGUUUUCAGACUUU